AAUCUUGGCCUGUUAGAAGCUAUGCCGAAGGUGUUCCCAUCGGCUCAUCACGGUUAUUGCUUACAACACUUGAAGAGCAAUUUAAGAGACCGGAUGAAAGGAAUUGAUAAUGGCUUCAGGGAUCACCUAGUAAGUAGUUUGGGUGAUUGUGCUUAUGAGCCAACUGUGGUAGGGUUCCAUGAAAAGCUUGCAAAAUUAAAAGAGGAGGGUAAACAACGAGCACAUGAUUUUUUCAAGGACUUGGCACCUGAGCACUGGGCAAAUUCAUACUUCAGGGGCAUGCGUUAUGGGGAGAUGACUUCCAAUGCGGCGGAGUCAUUUAAUAACUAGAUUAAAGAAGCGCGUAAUCUUCCUAUCACUCAAAUGGUGGACACAAUUCGUACUCUGUUGAUGCGGCAAAUGUCUGCACGGCGUGACCAAGCAAACAAAUGGAAUGAGCUUAUUUGUCCUACAUUCGAAACAAGGCUUAUGGAUUCAUUCAAUGACAGCAGGUCUUGGCAAGUUAGCAAAGCCAAUGAGAAUGUGUUUGAAGUUCAUUCGAUACCAUCUGUUACUGUUCAUGUUGCGAGGCGUACAUGUUCGUGCUUCAAAUGGCAAAUCAACGGAUUCCCAUGUGACCAUGCUGUUGUUGCCAUUCAGAA